AUGAAGGACCCUCAUUUCUUUCAGGCAGUUACAAAGGGGGAGCUGCACGAGCUGCAGCAGGAGCUGCGUGGCGCUCACAAGGAGACGAAGAAGAACGCGAUAAAGAAGACGAUAGCAGCGAUGACAGUCGGCAAAGACGUCUCCUGUCUCUUUGCUGACGUUAUCAAAUGCAUGCAAACUAACAACAUGGAGCUCAAGAAGCUCGUCUACCUUUAUAUUAUUAAUUACGCGAAGGCACAUCCUGAGCUCGCUAUUCUCGCUGUCAACACCUUCAAGAAAGACUCUCUAGACCCCAACCCACUCAUCAGGCAAGCUUACUCUCCUUCUCCUCCUGCUGCUGCUGCUGCUGACCUUGCUGCUGCUGCUGCUGCUGUUCUUGCUGCUCCUGUUUAUGCGCUGUGCAUGCGAGUGUCUCCUCAGCGCUGUGCAUGCGACUGUCUCCUCAGAGCGCUUGCCCUCCGUACGAUGGGGUACAUUCGCUUGGAGGCGAUCGCUGAGUAUUUAGCUGAGCCUCUUCGCCGAUGUUGCGCAGACGUCGACCCUUAUGUUCGAAAAACUGCUGCUAUUUGCAUUGCAAAGCUAUAUGACAUCCGCGCAGAUAUGGUGGAGGCAGAACAGUUAGUGCUGUCUCUUAAGAAGAUGCUUGAAGACUCAAACCCUGUCGUUGUAGCAAACGCAGUUGCUGCACUUGGAGAGAUAUCAGAAGCGUCAAGCACAAACUUAAUCAAGCAGUUCUUCGGUUAG